UCUCUCUCGCUCUCGCUCUCUCACACACACUGAGUCACACAAGAGGGUGCUGUAUCCAACAAAAUCCGAGAACAUUAAGCUAAGUUCAUUCAGACAACUCUAAGGCAACUAAAUGGGCUUAUAACAUCAGGAUCUUUCUAUUAGAGAACCGUGACAAAACUGAUAAUAAUCCUUCAGAAGAACAUGUUGCUGCUGAAUAAGUUCCCUGCAUGGCUUUCUGCAUUCGCUUUGCUUUUGCUGACUCAAGAGCCUGUCUCUACGUCAGAGGUCACAGCCUGUGGAGUUACGGUGGAUCCCCCUGCCAAUAUUGAGAUAACAGACCCUGGCUUCCUGGGGUACCUCAGUAUCCACUGGACUCAGCCAGCCAGCCUUCAGAACCUUACAGGCUGCACAGUUCGAUACCAACUCAGAUACUAUGACACCUAUGAGGAACGAUGGAGGAGUGUUCGAACUGUCAAGCUGACUUAUGCAGCUCAGUUUGAUCUUGAGAAACCAAUCAAGGUGAGAAUACUCACUGUGCUGAAGUGUGCCUGUACCAAAGGGACAGAGGUCCAAGGAGAGGAGAAAGAGUGGGUCUACACACCUGAACCUACAGGUGUGGCAGAAUCACGAAUAAGAGAUUUUCACUGUGUCUACUAUGGGAAGGAGUACAUGGAAUGCACCUGGGAGGCAGGACCCGGCCAACCUCCAGAUUCACAGCACUACCUCUAUUACUGGCACAGGGAAAUGGAUGAAACAAAGGAAUGUCCAGAAUACUUCAUAUCAUCUGAGGGUCGAAGUGGAUGCAGGUUUCCUCGAGAAUCACUCCUGGAGUUCUCGAAGUUUAAUUUAUGUGUAAAUGGAUCCUCUCCAGCAGGAAGUCUGAAAAUGGCCUACUUCUCUAUUGAGGUCCAAAACCAUGUAAAACCCACAGUGGUCUCCUCUGUGCAUGUCUCAGAGACUGAUGGAGAGCUGAAGUUAGAGUGGUCACCACCUAGUGGUCAGGUGCCAGACCACUGCUUGGAAUAUGAGGUGGAGAGCAGCACUACGAUGGAAAAUGGCAAAGAAAAGCAGGAAAAGAUUGUUCUUCAGAAUUUAGAGGACACAUCUUUUGGCAUCCCAAGAAAGGCGGAAAGUCAAAAAACUUGCUUUCGAAUCAGGUCAAAGGUGAACAUGUACUGCGCUGAUGGAGGAUUUUGGAGUGACUGGAGCCAAACAAAGUGCACAGAAGAUAAGGAAACUCAAUACAUCCCAAAAUGGAGAUAUCUCAGUCUGGUGGUCAUUGGCAUUGCUGGAGUCAUCAUCCUCUGUCUUUCAUUAUGGACAUUAAAGAAGAUUAGCAUGAAAAAGAUCAACAAAAAGGAUGCCCUCUAUACUUUAUACAAGGAGAAGGUCAACAAAACCAUGCCUACUAUCCUUAGCCCCAUUUUAAAGUGAUGCUCCCUAAGACCUGUUAUGCUGAAUUAACUUUUAGCAGUUCUAGACUGCAGUAAAAGUAGACUACUCAGACACAGAAAUAAACAUGAGAAGUGAGACUUCAACACCCUUAAAGUGAUAGCUGAUAGAAUCAGUAGUCUUGUGGAAUAGGUAUGUGGAGACCUUAAUGAACCACAGCACUGACCCGAAUGUAUGAACCGCUUAGGUUUUCAAGACACUAUACUACUAUGUGAUGUGUUUACGCACAUAUCAUGUGUUACUUAAAGUUACUCAAAGAUUUUUCAAAUACUCUUGUCAGUUUAGUCAAUUAUUUUUUUCUAAAUGCCAGUGAUCUUGCCAAUGAUUUUUCAAAUGCCUAUCAUCUUGAAAUUUUAGCCAAUGAUUUUUCAAAUACAAAUAUCUUGUCAGCUUAGCCAAUGAUUUUCCAAAUGCCAAUCAUCUUUAUAUAUUAGCCAAUGAUUUUUCUGAUUCCAAAGAUCUUAUCAGUUUAGCCUGUUUUUUUUUUUCAAAUGCCAGUAAUCUUGCCAAUUAUUUUUCAAAUGCCAAUCAUCUUUAUAUUAGCCAAUGAUUUUUCAAAUUCCAAUGAUCUUGCCAGUUUAACCAAUGAUUUUUCAAAUGCCAGUGAUCUUGCCAGCGAUUUUUCAAAUGCCAAUCAUCUUUAUUUUAGCCAAUGAUUUUUCAGAUUCCAAAGAUCUUAUCAGUUUAGCCUGUUUUUUUUUCAAAUGCCAGUAAUCUUGCCAAUUAUUUUUCAAAUGCCAAUCAUCUUUAUAUUAGCCAAUGAUUUUUCAGAUUCCAAAGAUCUUAUCAGUUUAACCAAUGAUUUUUCAAAUGCCAGUGAUCUUGCCAGCGAUUUUUCAAAUGCCAAUCAUCUUUAUUUUAGCCAAUGAUUUUUCAGAUUCCAAAGAUCUUAUCAGUUUAGCCUGUUUUUUUUUCAAAUGCCAGUAAUCUUGCCAAUGAUUUUUCAAAUGCCAAUCAUCUUUAUUUUAGCCAAUGAUUUUUCAAAUUCCAAUGAUCUUGCCAGCGAUUUUUCAAAUGCCAAUCAUCUUGGUAUUUUAGCCAAUGACUUUUUCAAAAGCCAGUGAUCUUGUCAGUUUUAUUUUCCUAUCAGUUUUUUUGCUGUUUCACUUUGACCUAUGACUCUUUCAGUAUUUGAGAUUAUUUUACUGCUGAUUACGUAAUGAAGAAAUCAGGAGUAAAGAGUUCAUACAUUUAGGAAAAAAGUGUUUUAUAUACAUUAUUCAAAUAAAAUUUUCAAGUUUUUACAACAGAUAAAAUCAACAAGAAGUCUGUAAAACACCCCCAACCCACCACUACAGUGUGUACAGAUAUGCAGAUACAGAACAUAUUUCCAUUCUUGUUCUAAUCCUAAUCAGAACAUCAAAGCCCUUCCUGUUGAUCAUCAUCACUUCCUGUGCUGACUAAGUAUGUAUGGUGACUGGAAUGGUGAUAUUUGGUUGAGUCAUCAUGAUAUCACACAGUACAGCACAAAUGACACUCUAUACCUCCCAAGAAACAGACUCGCUUUAUUCAUAGAAUUAUCGCUCAUGCAACAAGCAUCAUUGUUUUUUCAAUGGUCUACAUUCACGUCAUCAAGCCACAGUUCUGUAAUAGUAAACCUAAUUACUUUCUUUAACUUACUUUCUUUAACUUUAACUUACCAAUGUAAUAUUGAUGGAUGCUAGUGUGGUAUCCACACCCUGCUUACUUGACUCAACUUGCCUAGAAAUAAGAAGUUAUUAAAGGGAUUUUCGUUUUCCGAAAAGUGAAAAUCCUAUCAGCAUUUACUGUAAAAAUCAUUCAGCAUGUCUUUAAAAUCUGUAUGUCCUUACUUCUUCUGUAAAACACAACAGAAAUGUCAAAACAAUGUCUCUGUGUUGUGUUUUGUUUUCAUGCAAUGAUAUUUUGGACAUACAUGUACAAAAAAGAUGAACGUUUCAUGAAAAUAUCUUAUUUUGUGUUUUGCACUUUUUGUGUUUUGUCAAAAAGCUAUUGUUUGCUGGCCAGUGUGUCUUUUUACAUUGUCUAAUUCAUUGAUAGAAUUAGGUAUUUUCAUUCUUGAAUAUUUCAUUUGCACCAGUUGUGACCUGAGAGUUUGGUAUUAAAAAUACUAAUAAUAAAUUGAAUGAACGUUUUGUAACACUAAAUUAAACACGAAAAGAGUGAAGUAGUAUUUUCUUAUGAAAAAGUUGUUGUUAAAAAAAAAUAUUGUUUUACUGUGUACAGCAGUAUAUAAUAACUAACACUUUGUAACAGUAUUUCCAUGUUGAAUUCAAGUUAGGCCACUUAUUGAUACGGUGUCAAAAAUCCUCUAAUUCUACCAAAUUCAUCCUAAUUUUGUAUCAAAGGUUUCAAUUGUGAAAUUGUUUAUAUGUAUGAAUAAAUAAAUAAAUCUUAUACAA